GAAUUUAUUUUUAUGAGUAUCUUUUGUAGAGCGUUUUAAUCGUAUCAAAGUCUGCAACCGGCGCUUCUCUCUUCGGUAUCUCUCUGUCUCUCUGCGGCGCGAACUUCGCCGGCGAUGGUGGUAGCGGAGGAGGCGGCUCAGUUGGAUCGGCUCGAGAUCCAGGUCGACAGCGGCGGCGGAGGGGCGUGGGAGUACCUCUGCCUCGUCCGCAAACUCAAAGCCCGGAGAUCCGAGAAGGUCCUAAAGCACGGACUCGCCAUUUUGAACGAUCCUACGGUCCGAUCCAAGCUCGGAGGAGAAGAAUGGACUCUUUAUGAGCAGGUAGCCUUUGCUGCUUUUGAUUGCCAGCAACACAAUGUUGCAAAGGAUUGUAUAGCAGUUCUCUCUAAGGAAUUCCCUGGAAGCCUAAGAAUUGGAAGACUAGAGGGAAUGCUGCUUGAGGCCAAAGGUGCUUUGGCCGAAGCAGAAAAAGUAUAUGCACGCCUUCUAGAAGACAACCCACUUGAUCAGAUAAUCUUCAAGAGAAUGGUUGCUAUUGCAAAAGCACGAGGAGAUAUGAAAGUUGCUGUUGAUUUUCUCAACAAGUACUUAGACAUAUUUAUGGCGGAUCAUGAUGCCUGGAGAGAACUGGCUGAGAUCUAUGUGUCUCUACAAAUGUAUAAGCAAGCAGCCUUUUGUUACGAGGAGCUGAUACUGUCUCAACCAACAGUUUCUCCGUAUCAUCUAGCGUAUGCAGAGGUACUUUACACCAUGGGGAGCCUGGAAAAUCUCCAGACAGCCAAGAAGUACUAUGCAUCUGCCAUCACCCUAAGCGGAGGAAAGAACAUUAGAGCUCUCUAUGGAAUAUGCUUGUGUAACGCUGCCAUCAGUCAGCUAACAAAAGGCAGGAACAAGGAAGAGAAAGAGAGCUCCGAUCUGCCAUAUCUGGGGGCAGAAGCUUUGCGACGCGACUACAAGAACAGGGCUCCCAAGAAGCUGCCUCUUCUCAACAGCAUGCUUAAGAACAUGAAACUGAGUUCUUGAUCCGAAAUCUGCGGAAAGGUUAUUCCAUAUUUACUUGAGGAUAUUUUUAUUUAGAUCUGUUCUUUUGGGGGCUAGGGCUGGCUUCAUCUGUGGGUUGCAUUUGCUGAAUUAUUUUGUUUCAGACGAGAGAAACAUCUAUUUCCCCAGAUCAAAAUACCAUGACAGAAUUGGUAGUAUACAGCA